GGAGAAUGAACUAUGAGACAGUCAAACCAGACACAGGUGACUGAAUUCUUCCUCCUGGGACUCUCUGAUGACCCAUACACCCAGAAACUGCUGUUUGUCUUAUUCCUGGGUGUCUACCUGCUCACUGUGCUUGGAAAUCUGCUUCUGAUGUCCCUUGUUCAGGUUGACCCCCAACUUCACACACCCAUGUAUUUUUUUCUCUGCAACUUGUCUCUGGCUGACCUCUGUUUCUCUACCAACAUCGUUCCUCAGGCCCUCAUUCACUUGCUAUCCAGGAAGAAGGCCAUUUCAUUCAUACGUUGUGCAGCUCAGCUUCUACUCUUCCUCAUUUUUGGGGGUACACAGUGUGCCCUUCUAGCAGUGAUGUCCUGUGAUCGCUAUGUGGCCAUCUGCAAUCCUUUGCAUUAUUCUAACAUCAUGACCUGGCGGGCGUGUAUCCAGCUGGCCACAGGCUCAUGGACCAGUGCCAUUCUGGUAUCUGUUGUGGAUACCACCUUCACGCUAAGGCUACCCUACCAAGGCAGCAAUAGCAUUGCUCAUUUCUUUUGUGAGGCCCCUGCAUUAUUGGUCCUGGCAUCCACCGACACCCAUACUUCAGAAAUGGCCAUUUUUCUUGUAGGAGUUGUGAUCCUCCUCAUACCUGUUUUCCUGAUUUUGGUAUCCUAUGGCCUUAUUAUAGUGACUGUGGUCAGGAUGAAGUCAGCUGCUGGGAGGCUCAAGGCAUUCUCUACCUGUGGCUCCCACCUCAUGGUGGUCAUCCUUUUUUAUGGAUCAGCAAUUAUCACCUACAUGACACCAAAGUCUUCCAAAGAGCAAGGAAAGAUAGUGUCUGUGUUCUAUGCAGUGGUGACCCCCAUGCUCAAUCCCCUCAUCUACAGCCUGAGGAACAAGGAUGUGAAGGGAGCUCUGAGAAAAGUAACCACAAGGACUUUCCCAUCCAGCCUUGGGUUCUACCACUGAUAGGGAGCUCAGAGACCCUGCCGCUCCCUACUUGUAAGACUUGAUGAAUAAUAAACU